AUGGAGAAGAUGACGCCGCUGUAUCUGCCUAUUGAAUUGAUCACUCAAAUCCUUCUGAGGUUACCAGUGAAAUCUCUUAUUUGUUUCAAGUCUGUUUGUAAGACAUGGUUUACUCUCAUCUCCAAUCCCAAUUUUGCGAAUUCACAUUUUAAAUUUUCUGAAUCAACACAAACUCUAAGAAUUCUCUCCAUUUCAGCUAUACCUACUCAAAUUCGAUCCGUAGAUUUCGAAGUAUUGUUUAACAAUCAUUCUAAUUCACUCAACCCUAAUUUAUCACUUCCUCAAUCUUAUUUUCCUCUUCAAAUUAAAGGUUCAUGUAGAGGCUUUAUAUUCUUUAAUUGUUCUUCAAACAACUACAUUUGGAAUCCAUCCACUGGAUUUUGCAAAAGUUUACCUUUGUCUCCUAUUGGUUCAAAUUUUGGUACAUAUAGUUAUUUAUAUGGUUUUGGGUAUGAUCAUUCUAGAGAUGAUUACUUGCUGGCUUCAUUGUAUCCAGCCUUAGCUGCUGAUGUUUCAUCACAUUUGGAGAUUUUCUCGUUGCGAGAUAAUGCAUGGAAAGAAAUUGAGGAUACCCCUUUCCCUUAUUGGAGUCCCUAUCAUUAUCCCAAAUUAGGGUUGCUCUUUAAUGAGGCUCUUCAUUGGUUUGUAUCUCGUAGUAGUUCAUUGGUGGAUGUUAUUGUUAGCUUUAAUUUAAUGGAAAGGAAACUGUUAGAGAUACCUAUUCCAUCUGAUUUCGGCGAUUAUCUCCUAGAUAUUGGUUCGUGGGUAUUUGGAGAAUUUCUCAGUCUAUGGGCUAUGAGGAAUCGUAUAGUUGAAAUAUGGGUGAUGAAAGAAUACAAAGUGCAUUCGUCUUGGAUUAAGAAUAUUGUUCUUUCCAUUGACACCCUUCCCACAAAGUGUUUUUUCCCUAUAUACUCUACAAAAAGUGAUGAUGUUAUUGGUACAGAUGAUGGUUCUGGAUUGGUGAAGUAUAACAAUAAAGGACAUCUCCUAGAGUAUCGCACCUACUGUGACGAUCCACGUGGAUCCCAAGUUGUCAUGUAUACAGAGUCUCUACUCUCGCUCCCUGGCGACCAUGAGCAAGUUUAAGAAGACGACACAAACAAAAAAAAAAACUAGGUUUUGAAAUAUUCUCCUUCACCAUUUUCUUGAUAUUUAUAAUUACAUUGUAUUAUGUACUCUUGGGUGGCUGUAUUUUUAGGGGAAUAUGUGUUUGAAUGUAUUUGUAACUUGAGCUAGUAUGCCACAUGAGCUUAUCUAAUCUGUCAUGAUAUGUUUAUCGGUUAACUAUUUGUAAUAUGCUUAUUGGAAAUAUCGACAGCUUUGUUUAUGUGAUUC